UUCAGCUUUAAAACACUUCACGUCUCCUACAGAGCAGCAGGUCUCUGUCUUCACAUCGAUCAAUGUGAGAUUUGAUUGUUCGGUAUCGUUCUCACUAAAACCAACACAGACUCAUUAAACUUCAGUUUCAUUGAGCUCGGUCUCUGAGAGGCUUCAGUCCUCAUGCAGCGGCGUCUCCAGCUGAGCUGUGGAGCUGGGAUCCUCUUCAGCUCAUGAGAAUCAAAGAAAUCUGCAGUGAAAAAGCAAAGAUGAGGCUGAAAGAAAUCUUCAAUGAUGAACUCUUAUGAGAACGCUGCUCUGUCUUCCUCUCUAAACAACACAUUUAUUAUUACUCAGCGUCCUACAAGCAUGUGUGAUGUCAUCUUCACAUCCUGUCUAAAACUUUUAUUUCUUUGUCUGAUGUUGUUGAAACUGUGAUGAAGAGGCCGAGCUCUGUUCCAGGAGGAUCCUGUUUCUAAGCACACGCAGUCUUCCGUGGGAAUCGUCUCUGGUUACCUGGAAGAAGGACGUGUCCUUAAAGGUGUCCACAGGUGUGUCCACAGGUCGUCCUGAUGGAGGCUCUGUCCCGCGGGGAGCGGCGUCUGAGCUCUGAGGAAGAGGACGCCGCCCCAGCUGUGGGAGUGAGUCUGUGUGACUCCGCCCCCUUGGUGUGGAGGAUGCAGGACCUGAGGGCUGUUAGGGCUCAAGGCCUGGUGGGGGCACUCCUGGGGUCGCUGCCCCGAACGCCGCGACAGAACGGGCGCCUGGGUCGACCGCUGCUGCUGCUGCCGGAGGAGGAGGGGCUGCUGAGGGAGCGCCGCGCCGCUGCAGCCCUGCCGGACCGCUGCCAGGAUUGGGGGGGGGCGGAGCUCCGUCAGAAGUACGAGGAGGAGGAGAGGAGGAGCUUUGAGGAGCAGAGCGUCCUCGCACUGGAGGACAGGAAGUCGGCGCUGCUCCGAGCGAUGACAG